AAGACAUUCCAUUAAUUCCUCGAAUUAUUUUACCAAGUCAUAUGGAUAGAAAAAUAAUUUGUGAAAAUUUAAAUACACCGACAAUGUUUAGAAAGUGUAUUCAAAUAUCAAUUAUUGAUGUUAUUCAAGUCAGUGAACUUAGAGGAAAAUUAGCAAUGUAG